CACUCAGCCUGAGGGGCACGCGUGGGGAGGGAAGCCCGGGCGGCGCGGCCCGAGCAGGGACAUGGCGGAAAGCUCAGAUUGGGUGGAGAUCAUUGAGCCACGUUCUCGGGAGCGAAUGUAUGUUAAUUUGACAACUGGUGAGUGUGGCUGGGAGCCACCUCCAAACCUCAGAGUUCGUCAGUCUGAUGAAAACCAAUGGUGGGAGCUCUUUGACCAAAACAAUAAUCGUUUCUACUACUACAAUGCCAUCACACAGCAAACCGUGUGGCACAGACCACAGGGCUGUGACAUUGUGCCACUUGCUCAGCUCCAGGCCAUGAAACGCAGUUCCCAGUCUGACUUCAGGACAUCACAACACAGGGGCAGCACAAGUAGUGAUGGACGGAAUACUCCCAUCCAAGUGGCCCUUUUACAAGAGAUGGAGAAGGGUAAAGAGGACAACAGUUUGGAGAAGAGACCAGAGACCGGAAGGGAUACCCCUACCCGGUGGCAGCCUUUACCAGGCACUAAAGCAGCUAUGCUUGUCAAAGUCAACAGUUUGAGACAAGUAAAUUCUUCCUCAAGCAAUUCACUUCAGAUGCAAGGCAGUGCAGAAGCCAGCAGCCAGAAAUCUCUACUUCCAAAACCAGUUCUUUAUGCCCAGCCACAAUCUACAGCCCCAAACCCAUCUGCUCAAAAACCAGCAGCUCCAAUAGAAACAAAGCAGUCGAUGCAAAUUAAGAAGACUGAGAAUGGAGGGUUUUGCUUAGUGUUAACUAAUGGGCUCCCUUAUCAGGCUCCUGCAGGGAAUCAGACUCGAGCAUCACAGCCUGCAUCUCCUAAAUAUGCUACUCCAGCACCAAUAUAUGAUGAGCCAUCCAUUGACUCACCAAUUUAUGAUGAGCCCCCAGUAGAUAUGGACACUGGCAGUGUAAAUGUCAAUGGGACAACUCUUCAAAUAACUCCAAGCAAUAGCUUAAAUAAGAAGCCCCAACCGAUUAAAUUACUACAGCAUCCAAGUAUGCAGCAGCACCAAGCUGGAAAAAAACAUGUGAGAAAUCCUUCUGCAACAGAAUAUAGCCCAGUUGGAAGAGAAUAUAUUAAACACAUGGUCAACAUAGACCCAUCUUCCAAAAGUCCUCACUCUACAGGAGCGAUAGUUGAUGGCACUGCUAAACCGCAGCUAGGACAGCUGAGUUCCAGGGACAGCUUCAAGCACUCUUGGAAAAUCUUGGAAGCUAACGUUCUCAAAAAUAUGGAGGCCCACCAUAGUCGGCAGAGCAGUCUUCAGGCUCAGGAAUACCCUACAGUUGUAAGUCAGCAAGAUUCUGGGUACUCAACGGGGCCUUCUCCAAGCCUGAGAAAGAGAAAAGGAAGACGGCAAGCUCCAGGGCAAGGAAGGCCUGGCUCUGUCGGCAGCAGCAGUGAACUGAGCGCUCUGAACGACAAGCUGAUUGCAGAGAUGCGUGCUGUAGUGAACAGAUCUGCCGCCUGCAGAGGGAGCAAAAGUAGCCUGGAUGCAGAAAUUCUGGAAAAUGCUAAUUUUCCAGAGGGAAAUAAAAUUAAGUUUCAGUCAGACCGCUUGAAAAAAUGCAGUAGCAGGAGCUCAAGAGACGAUGUGACCUCUAGUAACAGAUCGCUAUAUAGACCCAGAAUGAACAGUAGGGGGAGCCUUUCAAAUGAUCCGGGAAUACAGCAAGAAACCAUGAGGCAGAAGAGAACCUAUGAAAAAAUAGAUUCUUUAGAAAAGAAUAUGGCUGGUCAAACAAAUCUUUCUUCAUUGGACACAGCACAAAUAUCAUCCCAGACUGGAGCAAUAGAGUCAGAUUCCCAGCAAGAGAAUAAUGACCAGUCUGGCACUAACAUGGGGUAUCAGUUUCCUUUCCACACCAUACGGAAGCCCAUUUCUCAAAUCAACAUGGCAGACUGGGCUUCCAAAAACUUGAAUAUGCACACUCAGGGCAUCUUUCGCCGAAGGCUUUCUAUCGCCAACAUGCUUUCCUGGAAUGGUGGAUCCAUCAAAAAACCGAUGCUCAUCACCAGCAACCACACCAUCAAAAAGGAAGCUUGUGAAAUAUUUAAACUAGUACAAGUCUACAUGGGCGACCGGCAAGCCAGGAUGGACAGGGACCAUGUGGCCUUGAUCACUGUCACCAAGUGCUGGAGCACUCAAGGCUUACGGGAUGAGCUGUACAUACAGCUCAUCAGGCAGACAACGGACAAUAUGUGUUAUCGAAGUCUGGCGUGGGGCUGGGAACUCAUGGCCAUCAGCCUGGCCUUUUUUUCGCCAUCUCCCAAAUUCCAGUCUUAUCUGGAAGGUUACAUCUAUCGUCAUCUCAGCCAGGUUAAUGAUGAAAAUAUUACCCAGCGCAUUAAGGAGCUUCUGGAUCUGAAAAACAAAAAGAACUCAAAAUCCAGGAAAAAGAGGAAGCAAAACACAGAGGAUGAAGGUCUGCCUAUCAGCACUUACGCCAGGUACUGUUACCGGAAGCUGCAAAAGGUUGCAGUUACUGGAGGCAAAAAGGGCCUUCGGAAACCUACAAUUGAAGAGAUAACUCAUGCCAAGAAUGCUAUUGUGACCCCUUCACUGUUUGGCAGUUCUCUGGAGGAAAUCAUGUUGCGGCAGCAGGACAUGUAUCCAGAUAACAAGCUACCUUGGGUACAAACACAGCUGUCUCAGCAAGUUCUGGAACUAGGGGGUGAAAAGACUGAGGGAAUAUUCAGAAUUCCUGGUGACAUUGAUGAAGUCAAUGCAUUAAAACUACAGGUGGAUCAGUGGAAAAUUCCUGAUGAUCUUAGUGAUCCCAAUAUACCAGCUUCUCUGCUGAAGCUAUGGUACCGGGAGCUAGAAGAGCCCGUCAUCCCACAGCAGUACUACAAAGAGUGCAUUAGCAAUUAUGAGAACCCUGAUGCUGCUGUGGCAGUGGUAGAACUCCUGCCAGAGCUUAACAGAUUGGUCUUAUGUUACCUCAUCCACUUCUUACAGAUUUUUUCUCAGCCAACCAAUGUGGGCAAGACCAAGAUGGAUGUCAACAAUUUGGCCAUGGUGAUGGCCCCUAACUGCCUGCGAUGCCAAUCUGACGACCCCAGAGUCAUCUUCGAAAACACCCGCAAAGAGAUGUCUUUCUUGCGUAUGUUAAUAGUGCACUUGGACACCAACUUUAUCAAAGGCAUGGUGUGAAGGGUUGGCUUCAAUCAAGAAAGUAUGAAGGGAGCAAGGGACUCUUGCUGAUACUACUUUCUGUGAGCCUUGGAUCUUCCACCCUGCAGUCUCCAGGCUCCUGUGAUUGUUUCUGUUGCUGUAACAGACAUUACUUAACUGCAGCAGCAGUGCUGAUGACUUCAGAGAAGCCCCACAGCAAUGCAAGUGAAUGAUUAUACCAGAAAGGGCAGGGAAGCAUCAGCAAGCCAAUUCACAGACCGUAUUCCUAAGGACUUUCAAAAGAUAUCCUGGAAAGUUGGGGUGCUAAGGUAGACAAGCUCUGAAUAAACAAAGUACCAGUGCUGAGCUGUGUUGUGCUGCACUGGGAAUCCACUGCACGUUAGAAGUAGAAUCAUUUAUUGGGAUCCUCAGAACUAACUGCUCUCAGGUUCUAGGAUUUCGUUUCCACCCACCAGAAGAUUGCUUGCUAUUUUAGUUAUGAUUCCGUCUCAGAAGGAAUAGCAGGUUACUGUAGCACCUAUCCUGCCUUAGAGCAAGCCUGCAGAGCCAGUUUUGACAUGGAUGGCUGCAUCCUUCCCACCUGCCCUUCCCACUUUUAAGGACACAUCUCUUACCAAAGGCUCUAUUUUGCAGCUCAGGGCCAGCUGUGGUUUGCAAAACACAUUUGCUCUCCUCAUGCUGGAGUACUUUUACUGCUCAGUUCAGAUUAAAAGGACCAAGUGGGCAGCUCAAUGGGAGGCCAGAGUCAACAUCAAUAUUAUACAAUGGGUCAUGGGCUGAAGUUUCAGAGAAAGCAAACGCUUUGGAAAAUAAAGAGCCUAUCCCUUCCCUUUCCUGACAUAUUCUGUUUAAAUCUUUUUACUCCAGUGUGCUACUUGGUUAUUUGGGCCAGAGAUCUUUGUGUCCCUUUUGAGUUACAGCUAAAUAACAACCAUGUAAAUAGUUAAAACUCCCAGAGUUGAACUUUUCCAACAUGGUAAACAGCAGUCUUUACUUCUGCAUCCUUUCUUGUUGUUCCAGUAAAGGUUAAAAUCAGGUAUCAAGUUACUGCUGGGAGUAAGCAUGAGUAGUCUGAAGACUCUAGUUGACCUCAAGAUUGCCUUUUGUUUUCUGUUUGUCAUUCAGGCUUAUUCAGAGUCUGAAAGAUAUGGGUCAUAGUCCCCUGAUAUGAGGAAAGGAUGCUGACCAACAUGCACUGUGUGACUCUGGACUCCACUGUACCUUUCUUUUUUUCAAAAGUUGUGCUUUUCCCAAGGUUGUACUCCUUUGACCAUUUUGCCCCAUUGGCUUCAGUCUAUGGGAUCUGUGCUGACUAAUGGGACUACUGCCUCAUUUCUGUUGCUCCUUUCUGAAACAGAAACCUUCCACAUUUGUCUUCUGUGUCACUUUUGCAAGUAGGCGUCAGCUUUCUUAGCAAGGCCCUAGAUAGAUCUCUUAGAAGAUGGAGUCAGAAUUUGUUUAUUCUUACGGUCCGUGGUAAGGCAUUUUCUGUCUCAGUGUCGAUGUGAUGAAUCUUCAAAUGAGUGCUAUUGAAACAGUGGUUGAUGUGAUCUUAUAGGUAGGAGGAAUGUGUGUUUCCUUUUGUCCUCCAUACACUGUGAAACUUACUAGGAUACUAUACCAUCUCAUUAUAUGGAAUAAAAUUUGCUACUGUUUCCCUGUCUGAGCCAGUUCUAUAAAGUCAGAUUUUUCAACUCUGUGUAUAUGGUAAUGCCAAAGCGCCCAUUACUUUUUACCCUUAUAGUGUGCCUUUGCCCAAAAUGUCUUUUGAGAUUUUGCUUCUUUUCCAUUUGACUAUCAAGACACCUGCACUUGAUCAUCAGGAAAUGCUGAUUCCUAAUAUCCAAGCAAGUCCAUUCUCCAAUGCUCAAAGUGCAGGUUAAGUAGAGAGAUGCAUUUCCCCAAUAGUUGGGAGUGGGGGCGGGGGAGGUGACAUGACUUAUUGCAUAUAUAUCUUGCCUGUACCAUUUCACUGGUUGCCACUUGUGGGGUCUAAGAAAAUGUCACCAUGAUGUUAUGUCCCAAAGUUUUUCCAGCUACAUAUUACCAGAUUGACAUGAAUAGUGUCCAGACAUCUCUGCAUAAACUAGUUUGGACCUGAGCUGAGCCCAUAUGAUUAGGGCAUUCACUGUGACAUUACGGUGCUCUGUGCUCUUUCUUAGAGACAGCUGCGCUUUAUCAAGUAGAUUACCAUGAGUACUCCGAGGAGCUGGGUGCUAUCCAGCAGGGCUCCUGCGCCAGAAUUCAGCCAGUGCCCUUUAGAAAAAAUUUGAAAUGGGACCUUUCUCUUUAUGCCAGACACUUAGGGAGGCAGUCUUAUACACACUUAUUUGGGAGUUGAGUCAUCCAUAUAAACCUAGUGGGACUUGCUUCCAAGUAAACAUGCUUAGGAUCAAAUGUUAAAAUACCAGCUGAGAAAGUAUCCUUGGACUUGCUAGAACCGGAGUGCCUUAGUCCUGCUUCUGUUACAGAGCUAACUGAGUAAUUUUUACCUAUUUCAGUCAGGCCAUAUAUGCAUCCAGUAGGCUGUGGACAUGAAAAUUAGCUCUGUCUGUGGCUAAGCAGUGGGCUUACCUAUAUGUUGCACAUUUUUUCUUUUUAUAAUGAGAAAUGCAGAGCAAUAUUCAACAAGCCAUACAACCCAUGCUCAGAAAAUAAAGUCCUUUUGAACCCAUUUCAGGAUGUCUUUUGGGUGUAUACAUUUCCCAGAUUCAAACUUUAUGGCCAACUGUAUGAUGGGUAAUGAUUAUUAGGUACAGCACAAGCAUAAACAAAUGGUUUUAUAUGAACGCUCUCCCCGCCCUUGGGACUGUAAAAUAGGCUAAAAACUACACUGGAUAUUGUUUUCUUUUGCCAACAUGUUUGUAAAUGUGAAUCAGCAAAAUACCGUGUCCCUUAUUGUUAUUAAAGAAUAAUUAAGCAUAA